AUUUGACCGAUAUUCUUCAUUCUGAUCACACCGACGAUGAACUGAUAAAAGAUUCCAAAAUUGUGUCAAAUUUAGAAGAUGUCGUCAUGGGAUGGGAAAGGCAUAUUCUUAAAGUCAUAGAAAGUUAUUUAGCCAAGACCCCUCUAGGAAAUGGCCCUCUUCCAGAAUAUGAAUAUUGGCAUGAGAGAGAAGCGGCCUUGAGCUCAAUUGUGGAACAAUUGAAAAAGCCCACUCUUGUCAGAAUUAGUAACAUUUUAGAGAAAGCCAAAUCUCCUGUCAUUGAUGGAUUUAUUCAUUAUCAAAUAGAUUUGAGAAGGUAUUAUAGCCAGGCAAAGGAAAACGUAAAGUUUUUGUCAACUAUCCAAAGACAGCUGAAGGUAAUCUCUCUUGAGAAUGACUUCUGGAAAGUUAAAGAAUGCAUACCACAACUAAUAGAUGGCUUACAUUUGAUAUGGGUUCUGUCGAGUUAUUAUAAUACGGAUGAAAUUAUGGUACCCUUCAUGGAAAGAAUAGUAUGGAGUUUAUUGGAGAAAGUUCGAACUAGCCUCGAUAAUGAGACACUUUUCAGAAAACCCAUUGAUGAAGUGAAAAGUCUCACUUCAGUUGCAAGAGAAAUGUUAGAAACGUGGAAAUCUUCAUAUUUACACACUAGACAGAAAAUUGAAGAUUCUGGAAAGGGACAGCGCUGGGAGUUUGACAAAAGAAAACUCUUUUCGGCUUCGGAUUACAUGGCAAUUGUUUGUAAAGAUCUACACGAAGUAGCUACAAUUAUCUACCAUUUCAAAAACAUUUUCGGUCCAGAAUUGAGAGCUAUUGUCAGCGAUCCUCAGAGUAUAGAUAAUGUGGCUAAACGAGUGGAUAAGUUGGUGGUUCAGAUCGAGAAUACGGACUUCGAUAUUUUCGAUCUGAAUUGUAAGGAGAAUUGGGAAGCUAUAAUGCAGAACUUCUACAAAGAAGUACGUCAACUUGAAUUGGAAGGAGUGAGCUUCAUUGAUCAAAGCUUCAAAAUGAUUAGAUCUUCCGAAAGUGCGUUGGAGAUGCUUUUGAAGUUCAAGCACAUAGAAACGAGACAGAUGAUACUGAACAAAUUGAUGUUGAAGUUCGACGUCAUUCUAGAUCAGUAUAUGAAAGAAGUAUUGGCUGUCGAUGAUAAUUUCACAAGAAACAAGAGACAUCCUAUUUUGUGCAAAAACAUUCCACCUAGCGGAAGUGCAAUUUAUUGGGUACGUCUCCUUUACUGCAAGUUGAAGAGGCCCAUAUUGAAGUUUCAAAGAGUACCCGAGUUGAUGAAUUCUCCUUUGAAAGUUGAAACUUUUUCAUCUUACUUGAAAUUCGCCAAAGAACUGAAAGCCUAUGAACAAGGUAAAUUUGACGAAUGGUUGAACACGUUUGGGUCUUCUAUGGAUGCCUGUCUACAAAUGGAUAUUUUGAGACUCGGAAACGCAAACAAAAAAGGAACUUUUUACAAACCGCCUAAAACCGGACAAUCUCAAGGAAAGUUGUCAAUUAGUAUCGGUACUAGUCAGAUGUCAAGAAGCACGAAAGUUACAAAACCGUCCAGUAAAAAUACCAGCACAAGUCGAUCUGCCAACACAAUCAUGGAAAGGAUACAUUCCCAGAGAAACCUCACAUGGCACGAAAUCAUGGGCAACUAUGUUGUAGCAGAUUUGGGUUUACAGUUUGAACUGAAUUUUGAGGAGGGUUUAUGGCACUACUUUAGGUGCGCUGAACUUUUGGAAAGGUUGAAUUUUGUCCUACCAGAGAAUAUUCGAAUGAUUGCAGUGAGGAAAGAAAAAAUACAGAAGAAUGUCUACGCAGUAAGCACUAUGGUGAAACAGUAUAAUGAUAUUGUUGAGAAACUUACAGAACCCCAGAUGCAUCUUCUAAGAGACGUUCUUAAAGAUGUCGAAUUGAAUAUACAACCCGGUUUGAUGAGAAUAAAAUGGUCUUCUUUGGGAAUUACCGAGUUUGCUGAAAAUUGUUCAAUAAUGGUUGUCAACUUGAAAACCCUUUUCCGCCAAAUUGAACAUAUAGAAAAUGACCUACAGAAAAGAGUUCGCUUGCUAUCCUCUUCAAACUUGUUUGAUUUCGUAACAGUAGAAGAAGAACCUACGCGAUUGACGUGCAAAGAUUUUUUUAGCGCGAUGUACGACAAUCGCACCGAGAAAACUUCGAAGGCGAUGAAAAUUUACGAAUCGUUCGGUCCUAUAUUGAUCAAGCUGGAAGCGAUGAUCUUGAACACCAACACCGGUAGAUCCCCUGCGAUGGCUAACUACUACUCUUAUUGGGAAGCGGAGCUGUUUAAAGCAUUGGUGUCUAUGACAUUACGAAAUAUAGAGACAUUCACCACCAAAAUCGGGGCGAAAGAUCUACUCUUCGAAGUAGAUGCUGUAGUGAUAACUCCAGAGAUAUUAUUAAGACCCACAGCUACGGAGAUUUACAAUAUAUUCGUAAGAAACUCCAAAGAUUUUUUGGAACGGUUGAAAAUGUUUCCCAGGUGGAUGGAUGGUUCCUGCAUUCCCUGCAAACCAAUCAAACUCCCUGACAAUGAGGAUUUUUUGCACUCUUUUUUCGAUGAUAUCAUUAGGGUUCAAGAUGUGAGUGAAGCGAUGGCGAAGCUGGUUGAACAGGCCAAUAAAGUCAUAAUCAUUGUUAAUAGGCAGCUGCAGAAGUGGAAACGAUACAGGAACCUCUGGUCUCAUGAUAAAGUGUCUACGUGCGAAAAAUUCAUUCAAAAAAACACGUCAUUGUCGGUUUAUGACGAAAAAUUCAUGUUCUACAAUGAAAUAAUGGAGAACAUAUGUGUCUAUAACCCACUCAUCACUGUUGGUAGCGUUCAGCUCAAUUUGCGUCCUCUGCUGGAUACCAUAGUAAACCACUGCGUGGAGUGGAAAAACACACUUGGUCAGCUCAUAGACGAAAAUACGAAAGUGAAAAUGGAUGAAAUGCAACAAAGAAUCGAAGAACUCAGAGUUGCUGUUCGACAAAACAUUAAAGGUUUGAAUCGAUUCAAGGCUGUCAUGCAAGCUAUAGCUGCUAUACAAAGAGGUAACAUUUCCGCCGAACUAGACUAUCUAAACUACCAGGAAACAUAUAGGGUUCUACGACAGCAUUCGAUAAUGUUUCCACCGGAGAACGAAGCGCAAGCCCACAGACUUGAGAAAGAAUGGAAGGAACUACUCCUUUCUGGUUUAUAUCGAGAACAAACUCUAGAAUCUACAAAAGAACGAUUUGCUGGUCUAACACUUAAAGAAAUUACAGACUUUUGUUCAGUUUUAGCCGAAUUUUUGGAGAAAUACGAGAAGGAAGGUCCAGGAGCCGUAGGCGAUGACUUAGACCAUGGUAUGAAGCUGAUGGAAGAUUACAGAACCCAGUUUGAAGAGCUGGAAGCUCGUCGUAUAGAGCUCGUGAAUGCCGAAAUGCUAUUCGACAUUCCUCUUGCUGACUAUUCAGACUAUUUAAAAGCGAAAGGCGACUUUGACAGCAUGGAGAUUCUAUACAAACUCUAUAAAUCCUUGAAGAAUGCCAGAGAGGUUUGGGGAAAAACACUUUGGGCCAACUUGAAUCCUUCCGCAUUGGUAGAUGGCAUAGACGGUUUUCUUAAGAACUUCAGGAAGCUACCGAAAGAAACAAGAAGUAUAGCUGUUGGUGUUACAUUAGAUAUGCAGAUGAAACAAUUCCGGAAUGCGGUUCCUCUGAUGGUCGCUUUGAAAAACGAAGCACUCCGGGAACGGCACUGGAAACAAUUGAUGGCUAAGACGGGAAUAGAAUUCGAUAUGUCACCUGAUAGGUUCACGUUAGAUAAUAUGUUCGCCAUGGAGCUACAUCGAUUUCAAGAUAUAGCUGAGGAGAUAAUUAACAACGCCAUCAAAGAACUGAGCAUCGAAAAAGGGGUCAAAGAAAUUGCCGAGACCUGGGGAACGAUAAGCUUUACAAUUCACAAACAUUUGAAAGGAACCGAAGAUCGUGGGUACCUUAUAGGAGCGACAGAGGAUAUAGUUCAGGUAUUGGAAGAUAAUUCAAUGAAUCUUCAGAGCAUGGCUGGUUCUCAGUUUGUAGGACCAUUUUUGCCUCAAGUACAGAAGUGGGAAAAGGCUUUGGCAAAUAUUGGUGAGGUUAUAGACGAAUGGUUAGCUGUACAGAGAAAAUGGCUAUAUUUGGAGGGAAUUUUCGUUGGGGGAGAUAUAAGAGCUCAACUACCAGAUGAAGCAAGGAAAUUUGACGAUAUCGACAAAUCGUUCAAAAAGAUAAUGUUAGAAACAGCAAAAAAACCGAUAGUUUUAGAAUGUUGUAGUGUACCGGGUCGGCUGGAAGACUUUCAAACCUUAGGUUUCGGACUAGAUCGCUGCCAAAAAUCCUUAAAUGAAUAUCUCGACUCCAAGCGUCGAAGGUUUCCACGAUUCUACUUCAUCUCUACUGAGGAAUUGCUCUCGAUUCUCGGAAGCAGCGAUCCCAAUGUUGUACAGGACCAUAUGAUCAAAAUGUUUGACAAUAUAAAAUCGCUCAGAUUCAAUUCAGAUAGCCAAGAACGCGUUAUAGCCAGCGCCAUGGUUUCCUCAGAAGGUGAGGUGAUGCUGUUUCGGAACCCGGUGAACAUCGAAGGGAAAGUAGAGGAGUGGAUGAAUGACGUUCUCAAAGAGAUGCGGCGAUCUAAUAGGUUUAUUACAAAAAGUGCAAUAUUUUACUAUGGAAAAAUCCGCCAGCCUCGCACUAAAUGGAUGUUGGAGUAUCAGGGAAUGGUUUGUUUGGCAGGAAGUCAAGUAUGGUGGACAGCGGAAGUUGAGAACGUAUUCGGGAAAUUCAAAAAAGGGAACAAACGCGCGAUGAAGGAAUACCUAGAACAGUUGAACAAACAGCUGGAUGAAAUUGUGAUAACUGUGCGAGCCGACUUAACGGCUAAUGAUCGAACGAAAUUCCGUACGAUAGCAAUCGUGGAAGUUCAUUCACGCGAUAUCGUUGAAAAUUUUGUACGCGACAGUGUAACCGAUGCCCAAGAGUUUGAAUGGGAAAGUCAACUUAGAUUUUACUGGAUCAACAAUAUGGAUAAUUUAUGGGUGACGCAGUGUACAGGUUCCUUCGAAUAUGGUUAUGAAUAUAUGGGGUUGAAUGGCAGACUGGUUAUAACUCCUUUGACAGAUCGAAUUUACCUCACUAUUACCCAAGCUUUGAUAAUGCACAUGGGAGGCGCACCUGCAGGUCCCGCAGGUACGGGAAAAACCGAAACCACUAAAGAUCUAGCAAAAGCCAUGGCUCUGCUGUGCAUAGUGACAAAUUGUGGGGAAGGUAUGGACUUUAAAGCCAUUGGGACCACGCUUGCGGGUUUGGCACAAUGUGGCGCUUGGGGAUGCUUUGACGAGUUCAACAGAAUCGAUAUUUCAGUCCUCUCCGUUAUUUCCACUCAACUGCAGACUAUCCGUAGCGCUCUUAUGAUGAAAUUGGAACGUUUCACUUUCGAGGGUGUCGAAAUAAGCCUUGAUUCGAAAGUAGGCAUCUUCAUCACAAUGAAUCCGGGUUAUGCAGGUCGAACUGAAUUACCAGAGUCUGUGAAAGCUCUUUUCAGACCAGUCGUGUGUAUCGUACCAGACUUGGAAAUGAUUUGCAUGAUCUCACUCUUCUCUGACGGUUUCUUGGAGUCGAAAGUAUUAGCGAAAAAGAUGACAGUACUGUAUAAGCUUGCGAGGGAGCAACUAUCAAAACAGUUCCAUUACGACUGGGGAUUGAGGGCAUUGAAUGCCGUUCUUAGGAUGGCAGGAGUCCUGAAAAGAGCUUCUCCUGAUAUCAAAGAAGCCCUGGUACUCAUGAGAGCUCUAAGAGACAUGAACCAUCCCAAAUUUGUGUACGAAGACGUACCUCUUUUCUUGGGUUUAAUAAGAGAUCUCUUUCCUGGUAUGGAUUGUCCAAGAGUGGGAUAUCCCGAUUUGAAUGCUGCUAUCGAAGAGGUACUCAGAGCUGGCGAGUAUAUCGUUCUGCCGUACCAGGUCGACAAAGUGGUUCAGAUGUACGAGACAAUGAUGACGCGGCAUUCCACUAUGCUUGUAGGUCCUACAGGAGGUGGUAAAACCGUUGUCAUCCAAACACUAGCUAAGGCUCAAACAUCGAUGGGCUUGAAUACCAAAAUAUAUACAUUGAAUCCGAAGGCAUGCUCCGUCAUAGAACUGUAUGGUAUUUUAGAUCCCUUGACGCGCGACUGGACGGACGGUUUACUCUCCAAUAUCUUCAGAGAAAUGAACAAACCGACCGAAAAACAAGAAAGACGCUAUAUUCUAUUCGAUGGUGACGUAGAUGCUCUCUGGAUCGAAAACAUGAACUCCGUUAUGGACGAUAAUAAGCUACUUACCUUAGCAAAUGGCGAGAGGAUUCGUUUACAAACACCCGUUUGUGCGCUUCUGUUCGAAGUCGGCGAUUUACAGUUCGCCUCACCCGCUACCGUAUCCAGAGCAGGAAUGGUAUACGUUGAUCCCAAAAAUCUCGGAUAUCAGCCAUAUUGGGACAGGUGGGUGAAAGGACGAAGAAACCCACUGGAGCGAGAAGCUUUCCAAGAACUUUAUGUUAAGUUCGUUCCGGAUUUGAUGAAUUAUGUCCUAGAAGGAACUCUUGGAAAUAGACAGGUUAACCCUUUGAAGACAGUCAUUUCGCAGACCGGGCUGAACAUGAUAACACAAUUGUGUUAUAUGUUAGAUGCAAUCAAACCACAACCAGUGGAUGAAGUUAUUAAUUCUGAAGAACCUGUCGAUACGGACCUGCUAAGCGCCGUAUUUGUAACUUGUCUGUAUAAUUCUGUGGGUGCAGCUCUGAUAGAUGAUUGCCGAUUAGAGUUUGAUGAUUACAUGAAGACACAGAUAUCACUACUGCCAGCAGAUGACAAUAUGGAUGAUAGGUCUGAUCUCAGGCAUAUUCCUACAGCUUUUCCUACCCUAUAUGACUAUUUCUUGGACAUUAAAGAAGAACGGUGGGUUGCUUGGAAGUGGCUGGUUCCUGAAUAUGUUCAUGAAAGAGAAAAACGGUUCUCAGAAAUUUUAGUACCAACUGUAGACACUGUGAAAGUAACAUAUCUAUUAAAUCUGAUGAACAAAAUCAGAAGACCCAUCAUAUUAAUAGGUGAAACGGGCACUUCAAAAACCGCCAUAAUCCAGGAUUUUCUUCGAAACUUGGAUCAAGAAGUGUACAUUUUAUUGAAUAUCAACUUUUCUUCCCGAACCUCCUCAAUGGAUGUCCAAAUGAACUUGGAAUCAUCAGUGGAGAAAAGAACUAAGGAAAUAUAUGGUCCUCCGAUGGGGAAAAAGCUUAUUUGCUUCAUAGACGACAUGAACAUGCCUCAAGUGGACGAAUAUGGCACGCAACAACCAAUAGCCCUUCUCAAGUUAUUGUUUGAAAAGGGCGGUUUUUAUGACAGAGGUAAAGACCUGAACUGGAAGCUGCUGAAAGACAUUUCAUACUUCGCUGCAAUGGGUGUUGCCGGCGGUGGAAGAAACGAAGUUGAUCCUCGAUUCAUGUCUAUGUUCACCGUAAUAAACUUAGUAUUUCCAACAUCGUCAACCCUUCAGCACAUUUAUGAAUCUAUUUUGAGUGGACACCUUUCAGUGUUUUCAGAGGAGGUGCAAAUUGCACCGAUCCUAAUGACAAUCACUCUGAACUUAUAUAAUAUCUGCGUCUCACAACUACCCCCAACACCCAGCAAGUUUCAUUAUAUCUUUAAUAUGCGGGAUUUGUCUCGGAUAACAGCUGGAAUGUGUAUUACGACACCAAAAUUUUUUUCGACUCUACCUCAAAUAGUAAGAGUUUGGAGGAACGAAUUUACGCGAGUGAUAUGCGACAGACUGAUUAACAAUGAAGAUCAGGUGUUAAUGUCUACCAAUAUAUUGGAUCAGCUAAACAAAGGUUUUCCGAAAAAAGAACCACAAGUCAAAGAAAAACCAAAUGUUGAUGAUGAAGAUUUUGUUUUUCGUCCCGACGAACCACCUGCUGAGAUCGAGGAAACCCAUGAAGAUCGAGUCGACGUUGUGGAUUAUGUCAUGAGAGAUCCUCUCCUCUUUGGCGACUAUCGAAACGCAUCGAACGAAGGUGAACCUCGCUUUUACGAAGACUUGCUGGACUAUGAUGCUAUCUAUUUCUUAUUUCAAGAACUGAUAGAAUUAUAUAACGAACGUAAGUCGAAAAUGGACAUCGUGCUCUUCAACGAUGCUUUAGAGCAUUUGACGAGAAUUCAUAGAGGAUUGCGACUAGAAAGAGGGCAUGUAAUGCUGGUGGGGGUCGGUGGAUCAGGAAAAAGAAGCUUGACCUACCUUGCUGCAUUCACUGCUGGAUGUGAAGUAUUUGAAAUCACUCUCUGCAGGGGGUAUAAUGAGACAAUGUUCAAAGAAGAUUUGAAAAAAUUAUACUCCCAAUUGGGAAUUGACAGGAAGCCGACGGUGUUUUUCUUCACAGCAGGACAAAUUGUGGAAGAAGGAUUUCUAGAGUUCAUUAAUAAUAUAUUGAUGAUUGGGUACGUUCCGUCUUUAUUCACAGAUGACGACAAAGAACAAAUCAUAAACCAAUGUAGAAUUCCCGCUAAAAACGCCGGAUAUGGUAUUGCGAAAGACAGCGUCUGGCAUUACUUUAUCCACCAAUGCCAAGACAACUUACACGUAGUAUUGUCUAUGUCUCCAACAGGGGAAAUUCUCAGCAAGCGAUGUAGAAAUUUCCCAGGUUUGGUAAAUAAUACCACCAUAGAUUGGAUAUUUCCUUGGCCAUUACAAGCUCUGAUUGCCGUAGCCUCAGUUUUCCUCAAAGAAUACCCCAGAAUACCAGAGCAAUACAGAGAAAGUAUUAUAGAUCAUGUUGUAUAUGUCCAUAACACGGUGAUUCAAUAUAGCGUAGAGUUUCUCACAAAACUGCGAAGGAAGAAUUAUGUUACUCCUAAACAUUAUUUAGAUUUCAUUAACACUUACCUGCGGCUGCUGGAAGAAAAGGAUAAUUAUAUAAACUCACAAUGUGAAAGACUGAAGAGUGGUUUGACUAAAAUAGCCGAAGCUAGUGGAGAACUAGACAUUCUCAAUAAAAAGUUGGCCAAACAAAAAAUCAUCGUGACACAGGCGACGAAAGAAUGUGAAGCCAUGUUAGCAGAAAUAGAAGUUGGUACGAAAAAAGCCACUGAUAAAAAAGAUGUUGCAUCACUGAAAAGUACAGAAAUCGAAGAACAAGCAAGAAUUAUAAGCAUAGAGCAAGCAGAAGCUGAAGACGCACUAUCUGAAGCCUUACCCGCUCUGGUUAAAGCUCGACUGGCACUAUCUGAUCUUGAUAAAUCCGAUAUAACUGAAAUUCGAUCAUUCGCAACGCCGCCAGAACCAGUCCAGACCGUCUGCGAAUGCGUUCUAAUCCUAAGAGGCUAUAAGGAAAUUUCAUGGAAAGCUGCCAAAGGAAUGAUGGCUGAAAGUAAUUUCCUGAGGAGUCUUCAAGAAAUGAACUGUGACGUGAUUACACAAGCACAGCAAAGAGCUUGCAAGGCACACAUGAAAAAAUCAACAAAAUUGGAAGACAUGGCUACUAUCAGUAAGGCCGGUUACGGUUUAUUGAAGUUCGUUCAAGCUGUACUUGGGUACUGUGCAGUAUACAAAGAGGUUAGACCGAAACAAGAGAGAGUGGAACAGUUACAAAAUGAUUAUAAUGCGGCAAAGCGAUUUUUGGAAAAGCUCUAUAAUGAAAUCACUCGACUCGAGGACGAUCUGAAUAAACUGAAUGAAAAGUAUGCUGCCGCGAUGAAACGAAGAAUGGAACUACAAGAGGAGACUGAUAUAAUGAUGAGAAGGCUUCAGGCUGCCGAUAAAUUGAUAUCAGGCUUGAGUUCAGAGCAAGCUCGAUGGACGGAAGAUCUGAAACAACUGUAUCUGGAAAAGGAGCGCCUGGUUGGAAACUGUUUGUUGUGUUCCGGAUUUCUCGCCUACUGCGGACCAUUUACUUACGAAUUCAGAAGGGAAAUGGUAUACAUAGAAUGGCAAAAAGAUAUAUUAGCAAAAGAAAUUCCGUUAUCUCAACCAUUUAGGUUAGAAAAAAAUUUGACUACAGAUGUUGAAAUUAGCACAUGGACGUCGGAAAAUCUUCCGCCAGAUGAACUUUCUGUCCAGAACGGCAUACUUACAAUCAGGUCGUCUAGAUUUCCGCUGUGUAUUGACCCACAGCAACAAGCUCUGAAUUGGAUUAAAAAAAGGGAAGAGAAAAAUAACUUGAAGAUCCUCAGUUUCAGUGACUCAGACUUCCUGAAACAUUUAGAUAUGGCUAUCAAAUACGGAUCCCCGGUUCUAUUUCAAGACGUAGAUGAUUAUAUUGAUCCCGUGGCUGAAAACGUUAUACAAAGAAAUCUAAAGAGUAUAGGAGGUAGAGUUUUUGUCAUCCUCGGAGAUAAAGAAGUUGAUUGGGAUCCGAACUUCAGAUUGUAUAUGACAACUAAGUUCGCGAAUCCUAUAUUUAAUCCAUCAGCAUACGCAGUUGCGAUUGUAAUUAAUUACACAGUGACGUUAUCUGGAUUAGAAGAUCAGCUUCUAAGUGUGGUUGUCAGAAAUGAGCGUCCAGAUCUAGAAGAACAGCGGGAACAUUUGAUAGCUGAGACUAGUGUGAACAAAAGUCUGUUACAAGUUCUGGAAGACUCACUUCUCAGGGAGUUAUCUACAACAACGGGCAAUAUGCUGGAUAAUGUGGAGCUCAUAACCACGCUAGAGAAUACCAAAACAAAGGCUACGGAGGUAAUGGAGAAGCUUACACUCGCUAUUGAAACCUCCAAAGAUAUCGAUAAAUUGAGAGACGGAUACCGUUCCGUUGCCAAAAGAGGAGCUGUGCUGUUUUUUGUCUUGUCAGAUAUGGCAGGUGUCAAUGCUAUGUACCAAUAUUCUUUGGCUUCUUAUCUGGAGGUUUUUGCCUACUCCUUGAGAAAAGCUAUGCCUCACACUCUGCUCAUGAGACGGUUGCAGAAUAUCAUCAAUACACUCACCAAAAAUGUUUACGACUAUGGAUGUACUGGAAUUUUUGAGAAACACAAGCUCUUGUACUCAUUCCAAAUGACUGCCAAACUGGAACAGAAUGAGAAGAAUAUUUCACAAGCUGAACUUGACUUCUUUAUCAAGGGUUCAGUCAGCCUGGAAAAGUCAACUCGCGAAUGUCCAGCGAAGUGGCUUUCCUCUCAAGGCUGGGAAAACAUCAUGAAGUUGUCCAACGAUUUCCAAGAUACCUUUAGUAAACUCCCCCAAGAUAUCGAACACAAUCUCGAUGUGUGGGGAGAGUGGUACGAUAUGGAUGCACCAGAAGAAGCCGACUUCCCCUGCGACUAUAAACAAAAUUGUACACCUUUUCAAAUAUUAAUGUUGCUCAGGUGUUUUCGAAUCGACAGAGUGUAUAGAGCCGUGGGAAAUUAUAUAACGGCAAUAAUGGGAGAAGAGUACAUUAUGCCUCCAGUCAUUAGUUUGGAUAACAUCUACGAGCAGAGCAGCCCCUUGACACCCGUUGUAUUCAUUCUCAGUCCGGGUUCGGAUCCAACAGCAGAAUUAAUGAAGCUGGGAGACAGAUGUGGUUUUGGCGGUGGAAAAUUCAAAUAUCUUUCAUUGGGACAAGGACAAGAGCCGACUGCACUGAACCUAUUAGAUAUAGCAAUCUCCAGAGGGCAGUGGUUGAUGUUUCAGAACUGUCACCUCCUCAUUUCAUUCAUCAAAAGACUCGAGAAACAGCUAGAAAAAAUCAGCAAACCCCAUCCAGAUUUCAGGUUGUGGCUAACUACUGACCCGGUGGAGACUUUUCCAAUCGGAGUACUGCAAAGAUCUUUGAAAGUCGUUACCGAACCGCCUAACGGUCUCAAGUUGAACCUGCGUAAUACAUACUUCAAAAUGAGAGCACAGACACUGGAAUCUUGUCCUCACCCCGCGUACAAAUCACUGAUCUACGUGCUUGCCUUUUUUCACGCUGUUGUGCAAGAGAGGCGUAAGUAUGAUAAAAUCGGUUGGAAUAUUUGCUACGAUUUCAAUGAGUCCGACUUCAACGUUUGCGUCAUGAUUCUCAAUACUUACCUAAGUAAAGCGAUCAAGGCUAAGGAUUCUAGGAUACCUUGGAAUAGUCUCAAAUACCUAAUAGGUGAAGUGAUGUAUGGAGGAAGAGUUAUAGAUGAUUUCGAUAGAAGAAUAGUGGCUACUUAUAUGGACGAGUAUAUGGGGGACUUUUUAUUCGAUACAUUCCAACCUUUUCAUUUCUACAAGGACAAUACGGUGGAUUAUGUUAUUCCCCCAGACGGAGAGAAGGAUAAUUAUAUAGAUUUCAUCGAUGAGUUACCAUUAACAAAUAGUCCAGAUGUCUUUGGGUUGCACCCAAAUGCGGAAAUUGGAUAUUACACUCAAGCUACAAAAGAAAUGUGGAGACUAUUGAUUGAGUUACAGCCUCAAACUUCUAUGUCUGGAGAGGGAAUAAGCAGGGAGGAGUUCAUAGAUUCUGUUGCGAAGGAUAUACUAAAAAAAAUCCCAGAGGAGUAUGAAAUUUGGAAAGUAAAGCGUUAUUUUCAACGGAUGAUGUCACCCACCGUGAUUGUUCUCCUUCAGGAGCUGGAGAGAUUUAACAAGCUCAUAAACACGAUGAGAAGGACUUUGACGCAGUUACAGAAAGCUCUAUCAGGAGAAAUAGGUAUGGACAGUGUGCUGGAUAACGUCGCUUAUUCGUUAUACAACGGUCAGUUACCGAACGCAUGGAGGAAACUAGCACCCGCUACAUGCAAGAACUUGGGAGGAUGGAUGGAGCAUUUUGAGAUGCGCCAACAACAAUACUUCACAUGGGUAACAACAUGAUCAACAUGCAUCACGUAACUUUGUAUAAUUUUGAUACCACAAUCAAUUAUUGUGACAGGAACGACACUGUUAUUACCGUUUUUUUUUCGGUUUCAACGGCUACUCGUUUUGAAAUGCAA